UGUCGAUGCAAUAAAUAAUUUUAAGGGCCACAACUUCGGGGUGGUCUUUGAAACAAUGAGAGUAACAGAAUUAUCCAGUGAGAUAACGCGCAGCCAGCAUGAAGAAGUCCAAGUCGCAGACGAAAACGUUCUGCCUUUAAAUUAAACGAAAAUCUUGGAUUUAUUUAAAUUAAAAGUAACUGAUGAUUGAAACGAAGUGUUUUUUUCAUGAUAAUGGGUUUGUUUCAGGAGGAAAAACCUGCGUUAAAAAUGCCUCCGGCGCGAAGUUGGAUAGAAGCGACCUUCCACAAGCGAGAGUGCUGCAAAUAUAUUCCACAUCCGAAAGAUGAGUUAAGAUGCUCUUGUGGUCGCUCGACAAGCGAUCACGCCGCCCUUACCUUCGAUUCGACGGUUUCGGCAAACGACAUUUGGCUUCCAUCCAAACAUACAAAAUCAGAACCAACCGAUGCGUACGGUACCAUUGAAUUUCAAGGUGGCCCCCAUCCAUGCAAAGCUCAGUACGUACGAGUUUCUUACGAUACGAGGCCCGACCUUCUCAUUCAAUUAUUUACGAGGGAAUGGAACCUAGAACUUCCGAAGCUUCUUAUAUCCGUGCAGGGUGGCAAAGCGAACUUCGAGCUACAGCCAAAGCUGAAGAAGGUGCUACGCAAGGGGUUACUCAAAGCAGCGAAAACAACCGGUGCGUGGAUAUUUACUUCUGGUACAAAUACAGGCGUUACAAGACAAGUUGGAGACGCAUUGUUAUCCGAAAGAACUCAACGAAGCGGGAGAGUUGUCUCAUUAGGUAUUGCUCCUUGGGGAAUCGUUGAAAAUAAUCAAGAGUUGGUUGGUCUUGAUAGAGACGUGCCCUAUCACUCUAUAUCUUCGCCAAGGUCAAAGUUCGCUGCUUUGAAUAAUCGCCUGACCUAUUUCCUAUUAGUGGAUAAUGGAACCCAUGGAAAAUACGGUGCUGAAAUCGUCUUAAGAAGAAAAUUAGAAAAAUUCAUAUCAAACCAGCGGCUACAACCCUGUAAGUCCCUUACAUCACCCAAUAAAUCAUCCCCAACCCAAAUAAUAACAAAUACCCAUAGUAGUAUUCCAGUAGUAUGUUUAGUAAUAGAAGGAGGCACCAACACUAUCAGGGCGGUAUUAGAAUAUGUGACUGAUGACCCUCCAGUUCCUGUAGUCGUUUGUGAUGGUUCUGGACGUGCCGCUGAUUUAAUUGCUUUCGUUCACAAAUAUGCUUCAAAUACUGAUAACGGAGAUCAACCAGUUUUAGAAGCAAUGAAAGAUUAUCUCUUAAGCACUAUUCAAAGAACUUUCGAGGUCGGAAUCGAACAAGCAGAGUGUCUUUACACCGAACUUUUACAAUGUACACAAAAGAAAAACCUUAUAACAAUAUUUCGAAUAUCAGAACGAGCAGAUCCGAUCACACAAGAACUCGAUCAAACGAUUUUAACCGCCCUCUUCCGUUCACAACAUCUUUCGCCAUCCGAACAACUCAGUUUAGCUUUAACAUGGAAUCGCGUCGAUAUCGCACGAUCUGAAAUAUUCGUCUACGGCCAAGAAUGGCCAUCGGGGGCUUUAAACGAAGCGAUGAUGCAGGCUCUCGAACACGAUCGGACGGAUUUUGUCAAGCUGCUUUUAGAGAACGGCGUCAGCAUGAGAAAAUUUUUGACAAUACCUAGACUAGAAGAAUUGUAUAAUUCGAAACAGGGUCCCAGCAAUACUUUAGGUUACAUCUUAAGGGACGUUCGACCACAUAUUCCUAGAGGAUACGUUUACACUUUACACGAUAUCGGAUUGGUUAUUAAUAAAUUAAUGGGUGGUGCUUAUAGUUCUUUUUAUUUUAUUUAUAGAGCUUAUUACACCCGUAGAAAAUUUAGACCGAUUUACGCUAAAGUAAUGAAUAAAACGCCUUUAUUUAGAAGAAAUUCUAUUGCAAAAUUAGCGAUGGGUAACACGAUGAGUUUACUUGCUGAGGCGUUACCUACACAAGGAUACGUUUUGUUUGAUUAUCCUUUCAAUGAAUUAUUGAUUUGGGCAGUAUUAAUGAAACGACAAAAAAUGGCAUUAUUAAUGUGGCAGCAUGGUGAAGAAGCUUUAGCAAAAGCUUUAAUAGCUUGUAAACUUUAUAAAGCAAUGGCCCAUGAAGCAGCAGAAGAUGAUAUGGAAACUGAAGUGUACGAAGAACUAAGGGCGUAUGGAAAAGAAUUUGAAAAUAUAGCUCUGGAAUUAUUAGAUUAUUGUUAUCGUCAAGACGACGAUGUUGCUCAACAACUUCUCACCUGCGAAUUGCAAAAUUGGUCUGGUCAAACGUGUCUUAGUUUGGCGGUAGCUGCAAAUCAUCGAGCUCUUUUAGCUCAUCCUUGUUCUCAGAUUAUUUUGGCCGAUCUUUGGAUGGGAGGACUUCGUACAAGAAAAAAUACCAAUCUCAAGAUUGUGUUGGGCCUUCUUUUUCCACCGUACAUUUUACAAUUAGAAUUUAAGUCAAAAGAAGAAUUACAACUCAUGCCGCAAACGGCCGAGGAACACUUAGAAUUAGUGUGCGAUAUUGACGAUGACCUGUCUGAGUCUGAGAAAUCAUUAGACGCCGAGAAACGCACUAGAAAUAUGAGUAUUCGUAAUAAAUCGAAUCCGCAGCAAGGCGUUAAGGCUUUAUUAACAGACAGUGGUUUCAUGCCACGUGACACAGUAGUCCAAGAAAACGGUAAAGUUUUACCUGAAUCUGACGAAACAAAAUACCUUUUUUAUCAUCACUGGGAGGAUUCCUUUUUCGAACGAAGAACGCGACCAUUAAAAGCAAAAAAGAAACUCUACGAAUUCUUCACGGCACCUAUAACGAAAUUUUGGGCUAAUUCAAUUGCAUACUUAGUUUUUUUGGUAAUAUUUAGUUACACUGUGUUAGUUAAAAUGGAAAAAUAUCCCACGUGGCAAGAAUGUUUAGCAAUAUCUUAUAUCGUCACUUUAGGAUGUGAGAAAGUAAGAGAAUUACUUUCUUCAGAACCUGAAACGUUCAGUCAUAAAUUUGCCGUUUGGGUGUGGAAUAUGUGGAAUCCUUGCGACGCGGCAGCAAUUUUAUUCUUUAUGGUCGCUCUCGUUUUGAGGCUACAAGAUGACACUAUGUCUAUCGGGAGAGUUAUGUAUUGCGUUAAUAGUGUUUAUUGGUAUUUGAGGAUAUUAAAUAUAUUGGGCGUUAAUAAAUAUUUGGGACCACUUGUAACAAUGAUGGGAAAAAUGGUAAAAAACAUGAUAUACUUCGUAGUGCUUUUAUUGGUAGUUUUAAUGAGUUUCGGAGUUUGUCGCCAAGCUAUUUUACAUCCCAAUCAGGAACCCGAUUGGAAAAUUGCCAGAGAUGUAUUUUUUGAACCAUAUUUUAUGUUAUAUGGUGAAGUAUUCGCUGAUAGUAUUGAUCCUCCAUGUGGGCAAGAAGAUCAAGAAGAAUGUUUAACUGGUCAUUGGAUAACGCCUGCAGUGAUGUCGAUUUAUUUAUUAAUCGCAAAUAUUCUUUUAAUAAACUUACUAAUCGCCGUCUUCAACAAUAUCUUCAUCGAAGUAAACGCGGUCUCACAUCAAGUUUGGAUGUUUCAACGGUUUACAGUCGUCAUGGAGUAUGAACAAAAGCCCAUUUUACCACCACCUUUUAUCCUAUUAUGUCACAUUUAUUUGGUGUGUAAAUACAUCAAACGAAAAUGCAAAGGGAUACGAGAAACGUACGAUAACGGACUAAAAUUAUUUUUGGAGAAAGAGGAUAUGGAGCGAUUGUACGAUUUCGAAGAAGAGUGCGUCGAAGGUUAUUUUGCGGAACAGGAUUACAAAUUACAACAAUCAACUGAAGAUAGGAUAAGGGUUACCACGGAAAGGGUUGAGAAUAUUGUUCAGAAAGUAGAAGAUAUAAACACCAAAGAAAACUGUCAAACGCAAACCAUGCAAAAUUUAGAAUUUCGACUUAGAAAAGUAGAAGAAGCAUCGCAAGAUAUUUUAGAACACUUAGCGGUUAUCCAUCGAUUCAUGGCAACUCAAACUCUCGAAGAAUUGCCUCCAAUACCUGUUCCGGGACCUGAUCGGAUUCGGAAAAUGAGUGAAAGAUCUGACGCUCCAUCUGAAGAUUCUCAUCUUUCAAUACAACCACCGCCUGUGAUAAGACGAAAACCCACGAGAUCUCUUACAGAAGUUAGACCUGACGCUUAUAUUUUCGAUGAUGGUUUACAUUUCGAAGUAAGGAUUAUCGAAGAAGAUAUCGAACAAGAAGAAUGCUUGGAUAACAUUUCUAUAUCGGGAAGUCGAAAACAUUUGGAUAUAAUUGAGGAACGGCAGAUGAGUAGAGAAUCCAAAUCAUCAUUGAAUAGUGAAAAAUUAGAAGAAGUCGAUAAAUUAUCCGUAGAAGAUAUGACUGCUUUAAGUUUAGACACUUUAAGGGCUAGAAGUGCGGCGAGAAGACGGGAUUCUUGCGGGAGAAGAAGUUCUGAUGGAGGUGCUAACGCUGAAGAAUCUCUACAUGGAAGCAAACGAAGUCUUACGCGCAGACAAAUCUCUCAAACCCAAUCAGAACCCGACAACAGUGACCACACAGUAUUCCUACCGGUUCGAGCUGGAACUGUCGAACGAAGCGUAACAUUCGCAGAACCACGAAUAAAAGUUAUCCCGCCAACAAAUUCCGGUCCAUCAGCACCACCCGCAAAUCCUCGAGCAAAACUCCUCUGCAUGCAUACCGAAUACACCAGCAUCACCGACGAAAUCGAAAGCGUUUGUGGUUUACUCAGUCCACCAAGAACUCCAAGAUUAUUAUCGCCCCCAAGACCUGGCCAAUCCAAUUCGGCUCAAAACCAACGAAGACGAUGCGUAUCGGAAAUGUCCAAUCCAGAAAUGGCGCUUUAUAUCGAAAAGGAGCACUUAAGAGACGCGGAAGAAAGCGAUUAUAUGUUGAUGGAAAAUUUGAUUCAAAGGAGGUACGAAGAAGAACUUGAAACGGAAGAGAAAGAAAAGAUAGAAGCGAUAAGGAAUAAAAGUCCUGCGUUUUUGAGUGUUGUUCAAGAAUCUAAGGAGUAUAGGAAUGCUAUGGGGAGGAUUUUGAGGAGGGCUAGUGCUAUCGAAGAUGAUGUUCCAACUCCGACAAUUGAAUGUUCCCUGGAUUAUUCGUUCAAUGAUGCUUCAACUUCGAAUGAUACAGAUUGUACGCAUCUUACGGCUAUUCAAAUUGGAACCAAUACUGAGAACAUCCAACAAUCACGACAAGAAUCAACCGAAUCAACACUUACAAGCGAUAUGGUGCCAUUAGUGGAUAAACAGAUGCCUCAAAGACCAUCAAUAGUAAUAGAUUCUUCACAGUUACCAAUACAAUUCGAACAACAGCUACAAAAGGCAGAGAGCAACAGUAGUUUACACAUGCAAUCUGAAACGAUGUGUUAAAAAACGAACAAAAAAAUUAAAGUCAUCGAAUAUUUUACUAAUAUAUACGCUAAAUAGGGCUAUAUAAACAAGAACACCAAAAUAGCUAAAUAAAAAAGUAACUUAUCAGUAGACAUUCUAGAAAUGGAAGUAUUUAUACGAUAUGACAUAAUAUAUAGAAUUGGUAUAAGAAAAAGAUUAAGAUGUUUAAUCGUCUUAAAUAUAACAAAUAAAAAUGAAAAAAAUAUAUAUAUGUAGUGGCUAAGCCAUAAAUUUAGUAAACAAAGUGUAUAUUACUAUUUGGCUAUUAUCGCAUGCAUGAUGAGUAAUAAAAAACUUUUAAUAAAAAAAAUUAGUUGUUAAAAGAAAACAUGAAGAGAAUCUUGGGAACAAAACUUGAAAUUAUUAUGUGUGUGAUUUUAAAAACGCAAUGACUUCCACGAAAUAUAAACAGUUUAUUGACGUCGUUUUGGAAUUGACAAUAUUUUUAAAGCAGCUAGUCACAUAGGAAAUGUUAAUUAAAUAAUAAUUUAAAAACAAGAGUA